GUAAAGUGAUGACACUAGUACUGACUUUGUACAAUUACUUCAUUAGAAGGAUCAGCAUGAUAUGAUAAGACUUUCUCUAUUUGGUAACAGAACUGUCGUCAUACCAGCUUCAUGCGUUCAUUCAACUUCUAUCCAAAUUUUCAUCUGGAAUGUUCACAAAUAUUCACGUUUGGCCGGGUCAGCAUCAAAGGCAACUGUUUACGUAAUUGUCAAUACCAUAAUUCCGGGCUGUAAUCCACGAACAAUCCCACCUUUACGACAAUUUCAGGAGAAUGUCAAAUCAACAACCAGAAGAGAAACAAUGCGAGGGUAAGGGUGAAUUCAUCGAUACAGGGCAAUUAUCGUAUCUAAAUGGCGGAAUAUGUGAAAGUCAGGACUCCAGAAAGUCCUCGGUUGACUCAUCAGCUAUGGCAACGACACUCAAUGAGCCGUCAAUGUCAAAUCUUGACGCUAAAAAUAAUUGGGAUGAUAAAGAAAUACUCAAGGAGCCUACCUCAGCUAAAAGGAGAAUAUCUAGGACAACUUCAGCACCCGCUGUGCCUUCACUUCACAGCACUGAAGAUAAUUCCUCUCUAGAUGAGGCCUCUAUCAAUGAGCUCGAUCGGGAUGAGGUAUACCUCAAACAUGUCUUUUACUUCCAUAAAAGACCUUGGAGGGUCAGAAGGUGUUACAUUUUGAUACUCAUGACAAGCUUAACCUAUAUGACCAUUGGCCUUAAUGACAGUGCUGUCGGGGCUCUCAUACCACAAAUGCAAGAAUUUUAUAACCAUUCGGAAGCAACGAUGUCUUUGUGCUUUUUGGCUAACUUUGGAGGAUAUCUCGUGUCUACUGCUAUCUCAUCAUACCUGAUUCAUCAUUUACCCCUUCGGAUCGUCUUAAUGAUCGCAUCUGCAAUUUAUGCAGCUGGAUCCUUAAUAGGAGCAUUUGCACCACCUUUCGCAACUAUAGUUGUGAGUCUGCUCCUCACUGGCGCAGGUGGUGGCCUUCUCGAUGUAGCUGCUACAUCUGUUAUAAUCCACUACGAAGAUGGUCCACUUUUGACUAUCACAUAUUCUUUCUUCUCAGUAGGAUCAAUGGUUUCACCUUUCAUCGUCGGCGGACUCAGGAGCUCAGGAAAAGCAUGGAAUCUGUACUUUUGGUUCCCUGUUGCUUUAUCGUUAUUUCUCAUGACUCUUCAGUGGUUUGUAUAUGAAUCGUACAAAGCACCAACUGAACAGAAUGCAAAACAUAAGACUGCUACCAAGAGAAUUUUUGCUGUAUUUAGCGAUAGCACCGUUUUAAUUGCGACUGUCUUGUUUUUUGUAAUGAUGGGUACGCAAGAUAGCUGGUCACAAUGGCUUGCAAAGUACCUAGAAGCUUCAAAAGGAUUGGAAGGCUCAUUGGCAAACAUGAAUCAGGCAUGCUUUUGGGCAGGUGUCACAAUAUCAAGACUUUCACUUGGUCAUUUUAUAAACAAAUGGGGUGACAUGAAAUCUGCAGUAACUCUAACUGCUUGUUUUGCUUUCAUGAUGACGGGUUUCUGGAAAGUCGACAGUCAUCUUAUCUAUGGGACAAUCAUUUUGAACAUUAUUUCCGGUAUAUUUGUGGGUCCAUUAGUACCGCUCAUACUAGCAACAUCUGUAGAGCGUAUACCACAUUCUUUGAAGCAACCAGCAACAUCCAUAAUUAUAUGUGGUGGUCUCGUGGGUAGUACAGUCAUGCCUUUAUCACUUGGACAAGCUAUCCAUAAAUACUCAACAGAUAUAAUACCUGCAGUACUCAUAGUGUGCGCAUUUAUCAUUCUGUUCGGAUUUCUCGCUUUGUUCGCUACUAAACUUUUCAAGCGGUGUAAAGAACAACGUGACAAUGCUAGAUUUGUGCAUGACAACGGUUCAUUGGCUGGACAUAUCGGCCUUAAUAGAAGACGCUUUGUUCAUCCUCCACAAAUGAGCAAUGCAUAAUGAAUUGCAAUGAAAUUUUUCUAUUCACUUGGGAUUUAAAGAUGCCUAUUUUUUUUACUGAUGAUGCUAAUUAAUUUAUUGAUUUGUAAUAGAACAAUGAAAAGUAUGAAUGAUUUCCAAAUUGCC